CCACGCCGGCCGGCCGUGCGCCAGGGGGCCCGUCCUGCUGCCCGUGCGCUCGCCAGCCCUCGCCGCGGGUAAAGAUGGCAGAGUACAGCAGCCUGCUGGAAGAACUUGCUGAGAACAUCACCAACGAGGACUUAGACCAGCUGAAGACAGCCUGCAAGGAGGACAUCCCCAGCGAGAAGCACGAGGAAAUCACCACCAGUAAAGACUGGUUCAGCUUUCUCGAGAAGCACAAGAAACUAGACAAAGACAACCUCUCCUACAUCGAGCACAUCUUUGAGAUCUCGCGUCGCCCUGACUUGCUCACCAUGGUGGUGGAGUACCGCACCCAAGUCCUGAAGAUCUCGGAGGAGGACGAAGUGGACACCAAGCUGACCCGUAUCCCCAGUGCCAAGAAAUACAAAGACAUAAUCCGGCAGCCCUCUGAAGAAGAGAUCAUCAAACUGGCGCCGCCACCCAAAAAAGCUUAAAGUGAGGAGGAGGAGGAGGAGGAGGAGGAAGGGCACAGUUCUGAGGGCCACC